CGGGACACACCGGGACGCACCGGGACACACCGGGACGCACCGGGGAGGGAGCGCUGCGCUCGGCUGCGAGCGUGCUGAGCCGCCGGGAUCGCUUCCAGCCGCUCGGUGAGUUCCACGUUUGGACCUCCUGGCUGUUUUGGAUCUGUUUGUAAUAGCCUUUGCUGCUGUUGUCUUGCUUCACUCAUUACCCCAGAGAAAGAAAUAACUCUCACGGUUAUCAAACAACUACAAGCAGAUCUACAACAAUGCAAGAGCCUCAACCUGCCACAGCACCUGGAAUGCCCUAUGGCCCCCCUCAGCAGGUCCCUGGGACUUACCAAGGUGCAGGGAACUAUGGAUUCCAGGCACAGCCCAUGGGAUUCCCAGGUGGAUUUGGUGUUCCACCUGUCCAGAACCAGCCCAACAUGAAUGGGGCAAUCUGGAUGCCUAUUCCUCCUUCUAUUCCAAACUGCCCUCCUGGACUGGAGUACCUCACACAGAUUGACCAGAUAUUAAUUCAACAGCAACUUGAACUUCUUGAGAUUGUGACUGGCUUUGAAACCAGCAACAAAUACGAACUCAGGAACGCACAGGGACAAAGGGUGUACUUUGCAGCAGAGGACACCGACUGCCUCACCAGGAAUUUCUGCGGGUCAGCUCGGCCCUUCACCCUGCGGGUCAUUGACAACCUGGGCCACGAGGUGAUAACGCUGCACAGACCCCUGCGCUGCUCGUCGUGCUGCUGCCCCUGCUGCCUGCAGGAGCUGGAAGUCCAGGCACCUCCAGGAACAACAGUUGGUUAUGUUGUCCAGAACUGGCAUGCCUGCCUGCCAAAGUUUACCAUUCAAGAUGAGAAAAGGACAGAUAUUCUGAAAAUUAUUGGCCCAUGUAUUGUGUGUCGGUGUUGUGAGGAUGUUAAUUUUGAGGUGAAGUCUGUGGAUGAGACUUGUGCUGUUGGGAGGAUUUCUAAGAAGUGGACUGGUUUUGUGCAAGAAGCUUUUACAGAUGCAGAUACCUUUGGAAUCUCAUUCCCAAUGGACCUUGAUGUGAAAAUGAAAGCUGUCAUGAUUGGUGCCUGCUUCCUUAUCGACUUCAUGUUUUUUGAGUAUAGUGGUAAUUAAGCAUCAGCGAGCAGGAGUUUGGGAAUGAAAUCUAAAUGUUCUCUAUGGAAGGAAGAAGAACAUGGAUCUCCCAACUUUCCAACGAAUUGCAGAGCUCCAGGAAGAAUAUGAGAAAUGUACAUGUUAUAGUUACAUUUCUAUAAUCUAAAAGCUUUAUGGUUUUUUUUAUUAUUUUUUCUAAUCUGGUGAAAUAAUUCGUAGUAUUCAAAUAAGGAUUCUUAAUCUCUACAGAUCAAUGAUAUGAUUUAGAGAAGUAGGUAUCAACCUUUCUUUCUUUUCCAAGAACUCUGUAAUUUUAAAGUAAUUAAUUAUAGUAGUUAUUUAUAACUACUAUAAUAAUGCUGUGAUUCCCAAAGAAGAAGAAUACUUCUAUAUUCAAUAAUAAUAAUAACCUAAGCCUAAUAAGGAGACACUGAUGUUUUCUUGGAUAUUCUUCUUUGGCAGUUUUGCCUGGGUGUUCACAUUCUGUUGUUUCCAUCUUCCUAUCAAAUACAUCAAAUAUGUACAUUCAGAGCAAAGUAAUGCAUUUGAACAGAGCUAUCUGAAAUCAGUGUAAAAUUUUAUUACUCUGGUAUACUGGGUCUGCCUGAGCUGGAGUUCAUUUCCCCAGCAGUGCUCACAGAGCUGUGCUUUGCUCCUCACUGGGAGCUGGAAGGCUGCUGCUAACUCAGCAGGGUUUUGGCUGCAGCUGAGCAGUGCUGGCCCAGCAGCAGAGCUGCA